UUAUUUUAUUUGGUGUACUUUUCGUCACGAAUUAAGGAAAUAAGAAUGUUGUGCACGACAUAUUAAAGUAUCAUAUUUGUGCGAGUCUGGGAUGGGCAAGAAAAAAAACAAAAAUGAAAACGAUAUUAUCCUUAUAGCUUGCAGGUUAUUAAAAUGAAUAGCUGGGGAAACAGCGCCCCCUGUCAACCUGCAGAAAGAAAAGUUUACAGCUCCUGGUAUUCCAAAUAAGCAGAGACAUAACCUUAAAAGCGAGUAACAAUUUAUUGUAGAGACAAAUGAUCAAUGAUAUGAAAAUUAAAAACAAAUAAAUGUUGCAGAUUAUACAAUAAUUCACGUGUAUGGGCCACUGGGAGGUCACCCGAACAGCCUGGAUUCAAGGAGAUAAAGCGGUAAUAGUUUAGUCAAAUGUCACAAGAACUAAGUUUAUAAUGGUUGGCAAGGCGAACAGGGGUUAUCAGUGCAAUUUAGAGCUAUAAAAACAACUCCAAAUCGAAAAAAAUAGAAUAUAUACAAACAAAACGUGAUACAAAAUAAAACAAUACUAUAAUCUAAACUAAACAAUUAAAAAUAAUCAACCGUUAAUAAAAAAAUAAAACCUAACCACAGUCGCCGUGUGGGAAAUAGUAAAGAAUACCCACUCCUCGCAUAUACCAAUACAACUAAAAAAGAAAAGGAAAAAAAAAACAUGAAUAAAAGAAACAGCAGCUGAGAAUUGCUCUAUCUGGAGAUGCAGCAAUAAUGGUAACAUCCUGCGCCCUUUCCACACAGGUAAGACUCGCUUUGCAGUCGACAAUAAAUAAUCAUCCCCAACACCAAAAUCCGAAAUCUAAGGUCGGCAGCCUAUACUGCAGCGAUUACACAUCUAAAGUAGUUAACGUUGGGAGUGAAUAUGUGUUUUUGUUACUUAAAGAAAGUGACCAGAGGUGCUAACUUCCUCUGUUGUCCUGACAGAAACAUUUCGCGGUACCUUUAUUGCAGGCACUGUCUGGCAGCUCCCAGGUCGACUUCCGUUUGUCGCAUUUUUUAUUAAAUUAAACAAUGUAUUGCAGUCGAUUAUCGUGUGUAUGUAUGAUGUGUAUACACUUACGAUCUUGGUUUUUUUAUGUGUUAAGACAGUGAUACAAGUUCUUAGGUCGUUUUUAACGUCUUACGUUUUCAGAGCGCGCACAUCUUCCCAGGCCCAGUUUCCUGGUGCCUGUUUAUGAUGUCACAGACGCAUUUUCGGUAAACUCACUUCAAUACAUUGUCCUACACCGUUGUCAUACGUCUCAUGUUUUAUAUAACGGGUUUGUAAAAAAAAAAAAAAUAAUAAAAUAAAAAAAAAACUACAAUUCCCACAACAAGGAACUCGCGGCUCGCCUCGUCAUAGGCGGUUUUCAAAACUCGUCAUUAGAUUCUUAGCGGCACUUGUAACUGGCCACUGAGAGAAGCGGAUGUGCUGGUGUAGCAUUUCCUAAGAGACGGUAGAGACACAAAAGAGAAAGGAAACUGGAAAGGCGCCUUUUCCAUGGCGAUUUACAGAGACUAGAGCGUGUGGAUUAUGCAUCAAUUGCAGAGUCACUUGUAACAACGUCUCACCGGAAAGACUGAGCACAAGGAGGGUUUUAAACUGGACUUGCUGUAUGCUGUCUAAAGAAAUGUGCAACAGGACAUAUAGAUGAUUGUUACCAGACUUCUCAGCUUGUUUUUUUGCACAACAUUAAAUGGUACUUCUGCCAUAUCAGUUUUCAGUAAUACCUGAUUCAGAAAUAAUGAGCACUGGAGAGGAGAGUAAUCACAGGAACCUCUACUGACAGACACCCUAUUAAUUGGAAUUUAUUUCUAUUGCUGUGAUUGAGUGCAUCUUGUGAGGUCCAGUCACAAGACGCUUCCAGACUCCAAGAAAGCGACGCAGAAGUCUAUCUUCAAGUACACAACCGAAUAAAAGAAGCAGAGGGACAAAUACGCAUUCAGCGCCGGAAAUGGAAUUGGAAACGGGGUUGAUUGAAGUGGCCGAGAACACCAGAUUGCCAAGUGAGGAGGUGGUAGAUCUAACUUGCGAAGGCUCGGAGCCUGUAGUGGUUGAUUUGACAAGCAACGACUCGGUGGAGAUUGUGGAUGAAGGUCCUGGUCGCAGGAGAUCGGGAGGCGGUGAGAGUUACGUGCUCAGCAGUGAUGAAGAGGGCCUCACAGAGAGGGAGGUUUAUGUUUCUGCUCUUGUAGCCAAAUCGGCCUUUGUCCCUUCUGUGGUGAACAGCAACUGUUCCAGGUCUACGUCUGGAACAGUUAGCUGUCCAAUAUGCAUGGACAGCUAUGCAGAGAUUCUUCAGAGUGGACGGCUCAUUGUAUCAACAAAAUGUGGGCACCUGUUCUGCAGCCAGUGUCUUCGGAACGCGCUCAAACAUGCUCAUUCUUGCCCGACUUGCAGAAAAAAACUCACCCACAAACAGUACCACCCCAUUUACAUUUAGCAGUGUGUACCCUGGAAGUUUUCAAGUACAGUAGCAGGAAAAGACUGCAUAGACCCUUGGGACAUUCUAUGAGUUAAUUUAGCAGCACUUGAUACAGUUUUACUCUCCUGUAUCUAUAAACUUGGAUUAACACACUUUCAUUUUCAUUUAUCCAAGCUUUAUUUCUCUGUUAUAAGUGCAAAGAUUUUGAUGCUGGAAACUGGAUAACUUGGAAUAUUCCAUCUGUGAACGGCAGAUUUGGUCUGUUUGUCAUUCUAUUCCCUCCCACAGAAUGGUUGUGUUUGUGGAGUGAGUAGGAGUGGAGCCAGGACAAGGGACUGGAGUUGAGUGGUAAAACUGCGAAGAGCACUCUGUAUUUUUCAGGCAUUCACUUACAUCGGUGCAAGCUUAAAAUUGCACAUUUUCUUGUAUUGUUCAUCUGUCAUCCUCUCUCCAGUUUAAAUCAUUGCUUUAUAAAGGCACUGUCACGAAGAACCAUUGCUCAUGGUUUCUUAAUUGUGCAAUUCAUUAGUAAUUGAAUGAGAGAAAUGCACCACAAGGAGCCCAACUCCUCCUCUUUUCAGGUUUGUGUUAAAGGUUUUUUAGUCAUUACUUACCAUUUUAUUCUGGAGAUUUUAUUGGGAGGUUUGUAACUGAAAGCAAGCCAACUGUACUGUGUCUUUUACUGCUUCAGGCUCUUCUUUGUGAACCAGUGCCAUCUUGCAAUAUGUUUUUAGUAGGUAACAUCAAGUUUCUAUGCCCUUACUUUCUGUAAAAUACACAUGUAUUUUGUAUAUAGUGUAUAUUAAGUUAAUAUUAAAUGCAUUAUUUAUAGUUUUGA